CUGGCCUGAGUCAUGCCUAUCAGUGCAAUAGAAUCCUACUCCAAUGCAUUCUGCUACAAAGAAUCUCUUACACAGUUAGUUUUGCAUAGUUUGUUUUGUUUCGGUAUGUUACUUUGGAAGUGGCUAAUAUUGCGUUGAUUCGAUCACAAUUCCCAGAGUAGAGUGAAAUGUUGAUAGUGUUAACUAAAGGGGAAAACACUAGAAAGUUGAGUCGCGUGCUUCUCUGAAUGGGCUGAUAUUUCUUCUGAGCUGCAGUCUGGGGAGCCUGCUCGCCUGCACGGAGUUUAAAUAGAACAUUACUCGACUCCUUCACUCCCCCUGCUCUCAUCUCCUACGCGGAGGAAAGUAGGUUAAAAUCUCAGGGCAUUAUUGGUUUGAACGGCCUAUGAGCUGGUGUCUGAAGACCUCAGCCUUGCUGUUGAAUUCCAGGUAAUUAUUAACCAAUUGAGCAUCGCCUCUCCCCUUGGCAGGCCAGUGAUAUAUGGACUUGGACAUGAUGAACUGUGAGCUUUUGGCAACGUGCAGUGGCCUGGGGUAGCUGGAGGUCUAGAGGGUGUGAAGGACCUGAUCCGGUACCUGCAACAUGAGGAUGACACGCGGGACACCAGUCAGCAGCUGGGGGCGGGCUAGAUCUUCCAGAAUGACCUGCUGCCCAUCAUCACCCAGCACAGCCAGGACAAGGCCCUGUUUGAUGCCUGCAUCAGGCUCAUGGUCAACCUUACCCAACCUGCUCUGCUAAAGUCCCAGAUGACCCGACUGUCAGACAUCACUUCCUGCAAGUGGUGUCCUAUUUACAGGUUUACAAGGAGACCUUUGCCAAUGAGAAGGUGUUUGGAGUUCUGAGUUAAACCCUGUACAAUCUGCUGCAACUAGACUGGGAGCAGAGGCAGGAGGAGGACAACCUGCUGAAAGAGAGGAUUCUGCUGCUGGUCAGGAAUGUACUGCCUGUCCCCGCUGACCUCUACGAGGAGAAGAACGUGGACGAUGAUGUCAGUGUGCAUGACAAGCUGCUGUGGGCUGAAUGACCUGAUCAAGUUCCUGGCCUCUGCGCAGAGCGAACAGCAGUGAAGCACAGAGGCCAGAGCUCCUGGUGAGUGUGGGUCAGGCUCGUUCAGCUCAGGAGAAACAGAGAGACGCCCUCCAGAGAGGAACAAGACACUCUCGCUUUGGAGGCUCCUAUGUGGUUCAGGGACUCAAGUCGUGAUCUACCACCGAGGCCUCCACAACAUGAGUUUCAAAUUCUGGAGACAUGCCCCAAAGUCUUAUUACCACGGAGCAUUUAAAGCAGAAAUAAACAAUAAAGGUGGGGUUUUUUACUAGUUCAAGAACUACACCCACGAUGAAGGCAAGGCGGCGGUGAGAUGUGUGUCCAACCGAAAGCUGCACACUAGGGACACGGAGGGCAUAUGCCGCUCAGCCCUAAACGUGCGCCUCUUCCUGCGCGAGUUCUGUGUGGACUUUCUGGAGAACUGCUACAACCGCCUCAUGUACCUGGUCAAGGUGAUGAGAAUGGGUCACAACACCUUGUGUGAUGCCCCAAAAAAGCCUAUCACACUGGAUGAUGCCUCAUGAUGCCCAAGACAGGGAGCUGGUACCCUUUGCUAAGUUUGCUGAACCGAUUCCUUGCCCUGGUGGCCAAAAACAAGGCCUACGUAGAGCUGCUCUUCUGGAAGCGUGUGGGAGCUGUACGUGAGAUGACAGAAGGCUACAGCAAGCCUGAAGGAGGAAAGGGGUCCAAGAAGAAAGCAAAAUGGAGGCGCUGUGAACACUACAUGGAGCACCGUGACUCUGAAGUGCCACACAUUGUGGAGACUCUGCUGCCGCUGCUUAGCAACACCACCCAUCAGCGUCAGCAAGUGGUGGCCCAGUUGGUGGCGAUGGGGCUGGUGAAUGGUGUCAAAGACCUGAAGAAACUGAGGAAAGGCACUCAUAUUGUCCUGUGGACAGAGGAACAGGAGGAAGAGCUACAGAUGCUGUUUGAGGAGUUCAGAGACUCGGAUGAUGUGCUGGGAAACAUCCUGAAGAAGUUGGCGGGUAAACGGUCCCGCGCCUGCCUGGUGGAAAAGCUGCUCAGCAUGGGCCUAGUCCACGACCGAUGGGAACUCCACAAGAAGAAGAUGCCGCAACCCUAACGCUCCGGAGAAGAGCUCUAGGAUUGGAAUGAACAGUUCCUGGCUGACCUCAUGGCAGUCUAACAGAAGAGCCCAUCCAUGGGCUGAGAUAAUGAUGAUGCAUUCCGGGAGAGCGAGGGGGAGGAGCAGGAGAGGCAUGCUCAGGCAGCCAGACGGAGGCAAAGCAGGGUAGCAGAGCGGGAGAGCACGGUUGAGGAGAAUGCCAGCUUGGGGACCAUGGUGUACACUCUACGGCAGGAAGGUUUGUCAGGACCCCUGUUGUGGCUACAGAACUGCCUGAACAGAACAGCAGAUGUCCGCGAGGAAGAAGGCUUGUCUCAGCCUGUACCACCUGUCCCUCUGACAGAGGAGAAUGAGGACGCAAUGGAGAAAAGUAGCUUCCAGAGGUUACUACGGAAAAUAGGGGUCCAAGCACAAAUAGGGGUUUGAGUACCAGCCGAUGAGCAGGAGUCGUUCUGGAGGAUCCCAGCCAAGAUGAACCCUUCCCAGUUAAGGGGAUCCCCAACGGCAGGGGGAGAGAGGACGGAGCGGCCAUCCCCAAUGAGCCCCUUCCAGGAGCAGACGCAGGUGGAGGCAGACUCCCAUGAGCAGAGAGCCCAGGCCCUCUGAGGCCUGCUGCUGGCCCACAAGAGACAAUUGUGUUCUGCUGAGGCAGAUGGCUAAGAUUUCACACCUGUUGAGGAUAUAGAUUCAGACAGUGCACCUCAGAGAUCUUCAGAGAAUAAGAAGACCUCCAGCAAGAGAAGCAGAGUGCUGUUGUUGGACAGCGACGAGGAUGGAGAUACUGUGCUUUAACCUAAUCAUAAUCUAGUCCUGUUAGUUUUACCCACAAACUAAUUUGCCUUUGGCAAGAAUGACAAUGACUGGCGUUUGUUAAAGAAGAAACGGACUGGCAUCCAGGCUACAAAAUGAUUAGUACGACAUGUUUUGCUAACAUUGCUGUCUCCUCUCCUGACAGUGGACUCCCUCACUCUGGAACUCGGGGCUGACAGGGCAGACGACAGAGGGUCUUGAUUGACGAUGAGCAAGAUGAUGAUUAGAGAAGUCUUCAGUUUGAUUAAUUUUAUUUAUACACAGCUUUUCCACUUAGGUGCUCAGUGUUUUACAUAGAAAGGGGGAAACUCAAACUCCUCCACCAAUCUGAGGAAUCCUGUUGGACCCAAUAUGAUUGAAGCAUCUUCUUACACAAUGCCUCUACAGGGCUGUAUGGGGACUGAGUAUGGGGAAACAUGGACCUUCACAUACCAAAUAUUUCUGAGAAGGCAGUAAACAAGUCACCAUAAUUUGCAAAGAAAUUCAUAAAAAAUGCUACAAUGUGA